AUGGAGGGUGUGUCUACUAUGGAGGGUGUGUCUACUAUGGAGGGUGUGUCUACUAUGGAGAGUGUCUACUAUGGAGGUUGUGUCUACUAUGGAGUGUGUGUCUACUAUGGGGGGUGUGUCUACUAUGGAGGGUGUGUCUACUAUGGUGGGUGUGUCUACUAUGGUGAGUGUGCCUACUAUGGAGGGUGUGUCUACUAUGGAGGUUGUGUCUACUAUGGUGGGUGUGUCUACUAUGGAGGUUGUGUCUACUAUGGUGGGUGUGUCUACUCUGGUGGGUGUGCCUACUAUGGAGGGUCCGUCUACUAUGGAGGUUGUGUCUACUAUGGAGGGUGUGUCUACUAUGGUGGGUGUAUCUACUAUGGUGGGUGUGUCUACUCUGGUGGGUGUCUACUCUGGCGGGUGUCUACUAUGGUGGGUGUGUCUACUAUGGAGGGUGUGUCUACUAUGGAGAGUGUCUACUAUGGAGGGUGUGUCUACUAUGGUGGGUGUGUCUACUAUGGAGAGUGUGUCUACUAUGGUGGGUGUGUCUACUAUGGAGGGUGUGUCUACUAUGGUGGGUGUGUCUACUAUGGUGAGUGUGCCUACUAUGGAGGGUGUGUCUACUAUGGAGGUUGUGUCUACUAUGGUGGGUGUGUCUACUAUGGAUGUUGUGUCUACUAUGGUGGGUGUGUCUACUCUGGUGGGUGUGCCUACUAUGGAGGGUGUGUCUACUAUGGAGGUUGUGUCUACUAUGGAGGUUGUGUCUACUAUGGUGGGUGUGUCUACUCUGGUGGGUGUGCCUACUAUGGAGGGUGUGUCUACUAUGGAGGUUGUGUCUACUAUGGUGGGUGUGUCUACUAUGGAAGGUGUGUCUACUAUUGA